CUGUGCACAUGCGUGCGGCCGGCCGGCCGAGGAGGCCUGGGCACUGGCGGCCACCUCAGGACAGUCCCGCAGGACCAGCCGUGCCCCCUGCUGCACCACCAGCCGAUUCCUGAGCUCCAGGCGGCCCGGCCCCGACGGAGCACAGCCAGCCAGGAAACACGAGCGGAAAGAGAACAUGUUACGUCUGGAGCACGCUUGGACCUGGCUAGCUGUGACAGUCGGCGCACUUCUGGGUGUGACGCCCUCCGCCAGCAGGGAUCUAUUUGGUUCACGUCCAAACAUCCUUCUUCUGAUGGCAGACGAUUUCGGCAUUGGCGACAUUGGCUGCUAUGGCAACGACACCAUCAGGACUCCAAAUAUUGACCGCCUCGCACGAGAUGGUGUGAUGCUCACCCAGCACCUCGCGGCUGCGUCAGUGUGUACCCCAAGCAGGGCUGCUUUCUUAACGGGCAGAUACCCUCUCCGAUCAGGUAUGGUUUCCAGUAAUGGUUAUCGUGUUCUUCAGUGGACGGGAGUAUCUGGAGGGCUCCCGACCAACGAGACAACGUUUGCAAAAAUAUUAAAGGACAGAGGCUAUGCCACUGGGCUAAUAGGGAAAUGGCACCUGGGUCUCAACUGUGAAUCUUCCAACGAUCACUGCCACCACCCUCUCAACCACGGAUUCGACCAUUUCUACGGAAUGCCGUUUUCCAUGAUGGGAGACUGCAUCCGCUGGGAGCUGUCAGAGAAGCGUGCAGGUAUGGAGCGGAAACUCAACGUCUGCUUCCAAAUCAUGGCCUUGGCUGCCCUCACGCUCACCGCUGGGAAACUCACCCACCUGACGUCAGGCUCAUGGACUCCAGUCAUCUGGUCAACCAUGGCUGCCAUGUUACUCUUCACGACCUCGUAUUUCCUGGGAGCCCUGAUUGUUCACGCAGACUGCUUUCUGAUGAGAAACCACACCAUCACUGAGCAACCCAUGCACUUUCCAAGGACGACGUCUCUUAUUCUCAAAGAGGUCUCGUCCUUCAUCCAAAGAAACAAGCAAACACCUUUCCUCCUCUUUGUGUCCUUUCUACACGUGCACACCCCUCUGAUCACCACCGAGAAGUUCCGCGGGAAGAGUGUCCACGGGCUGUACGGGGAUAACACGGAAGAGAUGGACUGGAUGCUGGGGAAGAUCCUUGAUACUUUGGACACGGAAGGCUUGACCAACAGCACCCUGGUUUAUUUUACGUCGGAUCAUGGGGGAUCUUUAGAGUCUCGACUCCGAAACAACCAGUAUGGCGGCUCGAAUGGAAUCUAUAAAGGUGGCAAAGGGAUGGGGGGCUGGGAAGGCGGGAUCCGCGUCCCGGGGAUCUUCCGGUGGCCUGGGGUGCUGCCGGUCGGCCGAGUGAUCCACGAGCCCACCAGCCUGAUGGAUGUUUUCCCCACCGUGGUCCAGCUGGGGGGCGGUGAGGUGCCCCAGGACAGGGUGAUUGAUGGCCGGGACAUGCUGCCCUUGCUGCUGGGGACAGCACAGCACUCGGAUCACGAAUUCCUGCUGCAUUACUGCGAGAAUUUUCUGCACGCAGCCCGCUGGCACCAACGUGACGGAGGAAGACUGUGGAAAGUCCACUACACGACCCCAGUGUUCCACCCACAUGGGGCUGGCGCCUGCUACGGGAGAGGGGUCUGCCCGUGCUUCGGGGACCAAGUGGCCCAUCACGACCCACCUCUGCUCUUCGACCUGUCCAGAGACCCCUCCGAGGCGCACGCCCUCACGCCGGACACGGAGCCCGCCUUUUACCGGGUGAUGGACACGAUCUCACGCGCCGUGGAGGAGCAUCGCCGGACGCUCAGGCCAGUCCCAAUGCAGCUGGACGCGCUGGGAAACAUCUGGAAACCCUGGCUGCAGCCGUGCUGUGGCCCGUUUCCCCUCUGCUGGUGUGAUCGGGAAAACGGCCAAGCAUAAGCGCCUCCAGGGAGAACCGGGUCCCCCUUCCAGAUCCCUGCAGGUCUUUGCUGGUGGAAUUAAACCUCCCCUAGCGGGUUAAGUUA